GAGAGAGAGAGAGAAACAACACAGACAGACAAGAGCCUUAUCUUUGGAGGAGAGAGAGAGAGAAGUAGUAGCUACCAGCUGCGACUGAAAUCUUUUCCCUUGAGAUUUCUAUCCAUUAAUUUCCCAUCACCACCCACAUUGGAGCUUUCCACUCUUGUGAACCCCAUUAUUCAAAGUACCAUUCUUUUGCUCUGCACCACCACUCAGACACUCAUAAGAGACAGAGACUCAGAGACCGAGUGAAGUACCUCCUCUGCUUCCAUCGUCGGUCCAAACUUGAAGUACAAGUACCUCCUCCUCCUCCUCCCUUUUUAUUAUUUGAAUCCUGAUCGGAUUUCGGAACAAAAGAUGAAUGGGUGCGUCCCCGAUUUCGAAAUGGACGACGAUUACUCACUUCCCACUUCCUCUGCUCUCAACCGACCCAGAAAAUCAACCAUGCCGGAAGACGAUGUCAUGGAGCUGCUAUGGCAGAACGGCCAAGUCGUCAUGCAGAGCCAGAACCAGAGGUCGGCAGUCAAUAGUAAAAAAUCGCACCAGUCCAAGCACGACGUCGUUUUGCCCGACGACGGUGGCGGCAUCACCAGACCGGCCUCCCUACCCCAGCCGCCGGCCCAGAACCCGCACCUGUUUAUGCAAGAAGAUGAAAUGGCCUCGUGGCUUCAGUACCCGCUCGUCGACGACCCCUUCUCCGCGGACCUCCUCUAUCCUGAUUCCACCACUUCCGAGCUCCGACAGCCGCAGGUUUCGGCGCCCGCGCCCUCUUCGAGGUUGCCGAUCCAUAUGCCGAGGAGGACCGAGGUCCAGAACUUUCUGCACUUCGCCAGGCCCAACAACAACAACGCCAGCAGCAAGGGGCCUAUGAUUCCGGAAAUGGCGCCGUCGAGCUCGAAGAAGAGCGUGGUUAGGGAGACGAUGACGGUGGUGGACUCCAGCGACACUCCGCUGGUGGGUCCAAGCUCUAGGGCUUUGGAUACUAGGCCCGACGGUGCUGGCGGCGGCUUGGCUAAUGGAGCGACGCCGUUUCCAACUGCUGGGACGUCGUUUCCGGCGAAAGAAGUGACCACGUGUGAGAUGUCGCUGACGUCGUCGCCAGGAGGCUCCAGCGAGAGUGCCAGCGCGAGCGCAGAGCCGAUGUCGGCUCAGAAGCCGCCGCCGACUGCCGAUAACCGGAAGCGGAAAGGGAGAGAAGUCGCCGCCGCCGCCGACGACACCGAGAUUCAAUGCGAGGAUGUUGAGUUUGAAUCUGCCAAUGGAAAGAAACAAGUCCGAGGAUCGACAUCAUCUACAAAGAGAUCGCGUGCUGCAGAGGUCCACAAUCUCUCCGAGAGGAGACGUCGAGAUAGGAUAAAUGAAAAGAUGAAGGCUUUACAAGAACUAAUACCUCGAUGCAAUAAGUCGGAUAAAGCAUCAAUGCUGGAUGAAGCAAUUGAGUACUUGAAAUCACUCCAGUUACAAGUACAGAUGGUGUCCAUGGGAUGCGGCAUGGUCCCUAUGAUGUUUCCUGGAGUUCAGCAGAUGAUGUCCAUGCCGAUGGGGAUGGGAAUUGGAAUGGGCAUGGGAAUGGGAAUGGGAAUGGAAAUGGCCAGCAUCAAUCGCCCUAUGAUGCCUUUUCCAAAUGUAAUAGCCGGUUCACCCAUGCCAACAGCGGCCGCACAUAUGGGACCUAGGUUUCCUAUACCACCAUUUCACAUGCAGCCUAUUCCUGCAAGUGAUCCUGCCAGAGUUCCAGCAGUGAACCAGACAGAUCAUAUGAUAAACUCGCUCGGGGCACAAAAUCCAAACCAAUCACGCAUGCCCAAUUUUGCAGAUCCUUAUCAGCAGUUUUUCGGUCCCCAACAGAUGCAGUUACCAUUACAGCAGCAGAACCAAGCAAUGCCCCAGCCAACUACUGGCAAGCCGAGUUCCAGUAGGGGCCCUGAAACUCACGAAACCAUCAAUCAGGUAAAUGUCUUUUAACCUUUUAUUUUAUUUUGGGCCAAAUCAUUAUUUUGGGCAACGCUCCACUAGAUUGUCGUAGCUUCAGUUGUCGUGAUAUGAGUCUAGAAGUUGACUAAUUGUUGCACUCUAAGGACAAUAGCUUUAAUUUGGUCAAUUUUCGACAAAAUUUGCGCGUAAGUGACAUUGUUUAGGGUAAAUCAGUCUUCUUGGAAGUUGUUAAAGCACCAAAUACAUGCUUCUCGAUUGCUGAUUCUGUAGAAAAGAAUUGACGGAUCAAAGUCAUUGUCCUUGAAUUGUAACAAUUUCGAUCGAGACAAUUGAAACUACAAAGACGAAUGUGGAACUUUGUCGUAUAUCUCGUAUAGUUGCCAGAUUAGUUUGGAAGUUGGUAAUAUCUGGCGGUGUAACGUUUUGUGCAUUGCAGGUUAAGUUGUAGGUUGAAGUUGAUGAGAGUAGAUGGAUAACAGAAGGCUCGUAUGCCUGCUAAGUUUUGUAGCCUAAAUCUCUGAGAGUAGCUUUUCUUUCUCUUCUGUUCCUUUUCUGGCUAAACUGCCAUAUAUCGGAAAACUAACCUGUGAUUAUUAGUUACCACCCCAAUAUCAAUAUAUUUUACCAUCCCCUAUUUCCCCA